AACGGAAGUACUUACUGUGCUGCAUUCUGAUUGGACAGCCGCCACGACGCACUGUGGCGCCUGCUUGGAUUGAUCCAUGCUAACAAAUUCUCUUUGUUGUGAUUAACCGUUCAACGGUUGUGAUUGUGCUGUAAUACCUUAUAGUAAGGAAGUUGCUGUUGCGAUAACAUAAAGGAUGAGUGGCGGAGUGUAUGGAGGCGAUGAGGUGGGAGCUUUGGUGUUCGACAUUGGCUCAUACACUGUAAGAGCUGGCUAUGCAGGAGAAGACUGUCCCAAGGCGGACUUCCCCACGGUGAUAGGUGUGACCCUUGACCGAGAGGAUGGCAGCACACCCAUGGAGACGGACGGUGACAAGCCGAGCAAGCCGAGUGGCACCACCUACUUUAUUGAUACCAACCAGCUGAGGGUACCCAGGGAGAGCAUGGAGGUCAUGUCUCCGCUCAAGAAUGGCAUGAUUGAGGACUGGGACAGUUUCCAGGCCAUUUUGGAUCACACCUACAAGAUGCACUUCAAGUCUGAACCCAGCCUGCAUCCUGUGCUCAUGUCAGAAGCAUCGUGGAACACACGAGCAAAACGAGAGAAACUAACAGAGCUGAUGUUCGAACAUUACAACAUUCCUGCUUUCUUCCUCUGCAAAUCUGCUGUGCUAUCUGCCUUUGCCAAUGGCCGGUCUACAGGCUUGGUCCUUGACAGCGGCGCCACACACACCACAGCAAUUCCAGUGCAUGAUGGCUAUGUCCUGCAACAAGGCAUCGUCAAAUCGCCCCUGGCGGGAGACUUCAUGAGCAUGCAGUGUCGGGAGCUUUUUCAAGAGCUAAAUGUUGAAAUAAUCCCCCCUUACAUGAUUGCAUCAAAGGAUGGAGUGCGAGAGGGAUCACCGGCCAGCUGGAAGAAAAAGGAGAAACUACCUCAGGUCACCCGCUCAUGGCACAACUACAUGUGCAAUUGUGUGAUCCAGGACUUCCAGGCAUCUGUGCUGCAGGUGUCAGACUCACCAUAUGAUGAACAGGUUGCUGCACAAAUGCCCACAGUGCACUAUGAGCUCCCUAAUGGCUACAACUGUGACUUUGGGGCUGAAAGGCUGAAGAUCCCAGAGGGGCUGUUUGAUCCCUCUAAUGCCAAGGGCCUGUCUGGAAACACCAUGUUGGGAGUCGGCCACGUGGUGACAACCAGCGUUGGAAUGUGUGACAUCGACAUCCGGCCGGGCCUGUAUGGCAGUGUGGUGGUGACUGGAGGAAACACACUCAUUCAGGGCUUCACAGACCGACUGAACAGAGAACUCUCCCAGAAAACCCCUCCGAGCAUGAGGCUGAAGCUGAUAGCCAACAACACUACAGUGGAGCGCCGGUUCAGCGCCUGGAUAGGAGGCUCCAUCCUGGCGUCACUUGGAACCUUUCAGCAGAUGUGGAUCUCCAAACAGGAGUACGAAGAAGGAGGAAAGCAGUGUGUAGACAGGAAGUGCCCUUGAUUCGACACCCAACCCUAUCCUGUCCAUCACUCUCGUUGCCACAAGCUCAACACCGUGAGACGCACCUCUGACCCUGGACUCAGGAACACCCACUGAUGAUUUUUAAUUUUUUUUUUUU